AUGAUGUUCAAAGCCUUUGCUCUUUCUGCCGCUCUUGCUGGCUCCGCUUACGCUAAGGCUAAUGCCCUCCCUGAAGCCUAUGCCAUUGCUAUGGCCAAUCCUCAACUUCCUGGCUCUUCCUACCAAUGCCAUUCUUACUGUGGCAAUGCCAUCAUCCAAGGCCGUGAGUGCGCUGAUGGUGAUGCUACUUGUCUCUGUGCUGCUGACUCCGGGUUCAUGCAACUCAUUCCUGACUGUAUGGCCUGCGCUGACACUUUAUGGUCUGCAUAUGGAUCUUACUUGACACCCUUCCUCAACACAUGUAACAUUGCUCUUACUCCUGGUACUUACUCUAUUCUUGCAACAUCGGCCGCUGCUGCCACUUCAUCGGCUGCUGCUGCCACUACGACACCUGAGACCAGCUCUGCGGCCCCCACUUCUUCAGCAGCUCCUACAUCUACUGAGGCACCCAAUUCAUCUGCUGCACCCACAUCCUCUGCUGCUCCUACUUCCUCUGUUGCUCCCACUUCUUCAGCUGCUCCUACCUCAUCAGCGGCUCCUGCCUCAUCUGCAGCUCCUACAUCUACUGAGGCACCCACUUCAUCUGCUGCUCCCACAUCCUCUGCUGCUUCCACCUCCUCUGCUGCUCCUACCUCCUCUGCUGCACCAACCUCCUCUGCUGCUUCUUCCUCAUCUGCUGCUCCCACAUCCUCUGCCGCUCCUACCACCUCAAAGGCCCACUCUUCUGCUUCUUCUGCCGCUCCAUUCACCAAUGGUACCCACACUCAAUACACCACUCUUACUUCCUUCUCCAAGUCUACCAUUACUGCUACUGUUACUGUCUGCGAGGAAGUGUGCUCCACCAAAGUUACUGAAAGUGUUGUUACCGUGACUAUCUGCGAGACUCUUCCCGUCACUGAGGCCACCACUGCACCUACUGCCAAGCCCACCGCUUCUACUAUCAUCUCUACUUCUACUGUCCAGGAAGUCAAGCCCACCGCUUCUGCUACCAUCUCUACUUCCACUGUCCAGAAAGUCAAGCCCACUGCUUCUGCUACCAUCUCUACUUCCACUGUCCAGGAAGUUAAGCCCACUACAUCCACUAUUCUCCCUCAAGUUAACGGUGCUUCCCGUUGGGAGAUUGGCUUCGGUGCUGCUGUCGCCGCUGGUAUUGCCGCUCUCAUCUAA